AAAGAAACGAAGGAGCUAAGCAAGUCCAGUCUUGUAGUGGCGUUGCAAAGAAAGGUGGUCAGCUGGAACGCGUUGCCCUCGAACUUCAAGCAGCUAAAAGCCACGACAACUUGGUGCCAUGUGAUAGAGUUGGCUGCUUGGCUUGGGAUGUACUGGUCCGUCUUUGAUCGUUCUCGGGACAAGUACCAAACGCAAGGAAACGGGUACACACUCAGUGGCGUAAACGUCACAAAUAUCGGGACAGUGUUUACAUUUCAGGUCCACGGGCGGAACCGUUUCGAAGAGAAUCGGGUUAUACCUGAUUAUGGAAUCAAGGAGCUUUGCUUCGGCUUUGUGCCCACGAUAUACCACCCCAAGUCGGACGCCAGCCCAAUCCAGUACCCUUCGGAGAGCGUGAGGGAUUUUCCCAUGCCCAACAUGUCUAGUGCAACCGACGUUGUGCGGUUGCUCGUCACACUAGGGUGUAACGCUGCUACGAUUAAGUUAUUCGAGAAGGACAAGAUCGUCUCGCACCUUUACCCAGUGGUGUUCGAAAUAAUCGGAAUGUUAGCUCGAAAUUUUCAUGUCACGAACAGCAGUUUUCGGAGACUCCCCAACCCGACACAGUAUAGGUGGGAUGCGAGAUCAUUCUCGUUCGAUCUAACGUUAAAGGCCUUUUCGUUACAAACGGAUGCUCUCGGAUGGUGGAACCAGAGCAGAGGAAUGCAAGGGUCGCUGGGCACCUUGCUUGUCAAGCACUCGAGAGAUCUUCGGCGCCUUAUCAUACCUGCUCCAAGCUCAGAUCAAGCAUCCAGUUUGGAGGUUAUGAACCGCCUUCAUUUAACUAUCGAGAGUCUAGAUGAGAUACUAAUGGUGGAGGAGCAGGGGCACAACAACAAGACAAAAACCACAGCCGAGCUCAGAAGCGCACGGCAGAAACUUGUACUAGUCGUUCUUCGCUUUCAUAUUCAAGAGGUGGUCUCUGAACUCAACGAGUACAAAUCUGCCGAGACACGGGACGUGCCUGGCGAACAGACACCUGACAACGAUAAGACGAAGAAGUCGACUGAUCCACCUUCGUGGGAGGACGUGCUUCAAGCGCCGCUAGAACUGAGACAGCACACCCUCAUGAAGGUUUAUUUCCUUGUUGUUUUGCCAAAGGUAGUAAAGGGAGUAAACAAUCUCGUUUCAAUGUAUCCAGGGUUAGAGCUUGGUACUUGCGAUGUCUGGGAGGUCUGGUGUGCGCUCUUGUUCAGGUCGAUUUGCUGGCUGAUGCUUCAUGAUUUUCAUCCGAGGGACGUGCAAAUUCCGAAGAGUGACUUAUACGGGAGUCGCCUACCAGUUUAUAUUGCAUGA